GCUACCACUCACCUAACUCUCUCUGUCUCUUUCACAAAUAAUUGCUCCCACCCCAUCAGUCCUUGCAUUUGAACUAUCUGCUCAUUUGUAGUAGAAUAGAAUAAACAGAGAAGAAGAUCCAGAAACUGGCAUAUAUCUUCAACUCAAAUUGCCUGAAGAUUGAAACUUUGGUGAAUGCUGAGGAGAAGACACAGAAGAUGAAAAGCUCUGUAGUGUCAAGAAGCUGGGCUGUGUUUGACAAGAAUGGGGAAAGCUCGGUUGUGGAUUUGGAUAAGUAUGGAAUCAUGAAAAGGGUUCCCAUUCACUCCCGGGAUCUGCGCAUUCUGGACCCUCUCCUCUCCUAUCCCUCUGCCAUUCUUGGCAGAGAAAAAGUGAUUGUUCUCAACUUGGAGGUCAGUCACAUCAGAUUCUAAUUGAAAAGGUCAUUCUUUCUUCUUCUUAUUCUAAUUUGAAUGAACUGUAAUUCAUCCUUUAUGCAGCAUAUCAAAGCUAUAAUAACUUCUGAAGAGGUUUUACUUCGUGACCCACAGGAUGACAAUGUUAUACCUAUUGUUGAAGAACUUCAAAGAAGGUUGCCCCUCGCUAACGGUCUAGCAGAAAGGGACGACGAUGACGGGUCACCACCGGGGUUAAGAACUAGUGAAGAAACUGAUGUUGAGCAAACCGAGUUCCCUUUUGAGUUUCAAGCCUUAGAAGUAGCUCUAGAAGGUAUAUGCAGCUUUCUUGACACACAAACAAGGGACUUGGAGACUGCAGCUUACCCAGCUUUAGACGUAUUAACUGCAAAGAUUAGUAGUAGUAAUCUGGAUCGGGUGCGCAAACUGAAGAGCGCAAUGACAAGAAUGACAAGUCGGGUUCAGAAAGUGAGGGAUGAACUUGAGCAACUUCUUGAAGAAGAUGAUGACAUGGGAGAUCUUUACUUAUCAAGGAAAUCAGCAGCAGCAGUUUCUUCUCCAACGAGCUGUAAUGUGGUUCCUGACUUGUUCCAUGACUCUCCAACCAUUAGCUCUAAAUUGUCCAGAACCAGUAGGAGAUCAACUCAUCAUGGUGAAACUGAUGUUGAGGAACUUGAAAUGCUUCUUGAGGCUUACUUUGUGCAAAUAGAGAGUACUAUGAACAAGUUAACAACGUUGCGAGAAUACAUCGAUGACACAGAAGAUUAUAUUAAUAUACAGCUUGACAAUCACCGAAAUCAGCUCAUCCAGUUAUGGAAGGAACCGAUGGGCGCAGCUGGAGCUGUUCUUAAGUUCUGGUACGGUCUGCUUGACAGUUUACUCAAUGGUGGCUGCCAUAUUCGGCAUGAAUAUCCCCCAUCCUUGGAAAGAUCAUCACGGCUACCUCUUCAAAUGGGUGGUCAUCUUGGCAUCACUGAUUUGCGGGUCCCUCUUCAUAUCAUUAAUCUCUUAUGCACGACAUAGGGGUCUGGUGGGAUGAUCGAUCUUCCUUCCAUCUGCUCCAAUAAGGGCAUCUUUUCUUUCAUCGGACAAAUUACAAUAUAUUGGUUCAUUUUUGGAGCAAUACUUUGUCUAUAAAAAGUUGGCAUGUUCCUCAUUUUGACUACUCCCUAUUCUUUAUAAAUGUUUACUAUUCGGUAUUCUUAUUCAUUAUACUCCCUAAUUCGUAGGGGUGGGAUCCAGUGGCGGACCUAGAGGUUUGUGAGAGUGGGGGCACACUAGACACUAAAGUUA